GCCAUGCUCCUCUCUCACAACACUGAGCACAGCGGAGGGUGAAGGGAGGAAAGAGAAGACAAAGGGGAAGUGGAGACAGCUUUCGCUCCAGUCUGGAUUUAUUUACCACACGCUGUUUAUUUUUAUUUUGCAGAUUUUUCUCGGUUCGACUUCCAUCAUUUCUCUGUUUAGCUUACCCGUUGUCACAUAGCAACACAUUUUCUUCCCUGAAGAUUGAAAGUGUUUUUUUUAAACACGAUCCUGGAGCAAAGUGGAUGGGUACAUGUUGAAAGCGAGGAGCUUUAUGUGGGUUUCCCAUGGAUGUUUUGUUGUUGUCGCUCUCUCUUGGCUGGCUUUCUUUUGUAUUAGCACGCCCUCCCACCUUCCCUUCUUCCCUCGCUUGGCUGCACAGGCUUUUCUGGGAUUCAUCGGUUUUCCCUUCCCAGGGACCCAACAGCGUCAUACACUGACUUUGCAUUCCGGCUUGGGAAAAAGAUGAUACAAAUCUUCCUUUUUUAAUCUUUUUUUUUUCUUAUAUUUGUGACACUGGAGGUAUUAGCUGUGCAAUGGUGGGCUGUGCAGUCAAUACAAUUUUGGUGACUGGAUAUAUUCCCUGCAUCAACGUGCCUUUAUGAAUCAAUGAUUCUUUUGCAUGAUGCUGACUGCCAAAAUUUGGAGUAUAUUUUUUUUCCACAACACAAUGCUGGUCUGAUUUUCAUGUAUUAAUUUAAUCCGCAAGCCCUGCAGAAUGGAAUUCACGUGAUGUAUUGCAGACAGGAAGCCUUUGGUUUGUUCUUUGGCUGAGAUAUUCCACUCGCUUGUUUUGACUCGGCAUUGUAGAAACAAUUCCCACCUGUUAUCUGCCAUUCCGGCGUGGUAAAAGGAUGAAGAAGACACACAGCAGCACGCUGAGGCGGGCAUGGCCCAGCUCUGACCUGUCGGAACGGCUGUUGCCACUGGCGGCCUGUGCAGAUCCUCACAGGAACCGACGUUCUCACAGUGAGAAGGACUACCGAAUCCACAAACACAGAAAGAAGAACCACUAUCCCGCACCCUAUCUGUGUCAGAGUCCGCCUGCUUAUAUUCACACAGGUGAUGUGUCGCCCAUCAGUAUGUCCCCUAUCAGCCAAUCGCAGUUCAUCCCCCUGGGAGAAGUACUGCUGUUGGCUAUCUCUGCUAUGAACUCCACUCAUAAGCCUGUAACUCAGGAGGCCCUAACUGAACAUCUGCAGACAUGUUUUCCAGGUGUGCCCACCCCGACGGAGGAGGUCCUGCACCACACGCUCAACAUGUUGGUCCGCGAGCGCAAAAUCUACCCGACAACUGACGGAUAUUUUCUUGUAACUCCUCAAACUUACUUCAUCACUCCGAGCCUAAUACGAACCAGUUCCAAGUGGUACCACUUAGAUGAGCGAUCCGCAGACCGCCAUCAGAAUCAGCAGCAGAAUCAGCAGACGCAGUGCACCUCGCCGCUCUCCGGCACCGUCACGCCGUCCACCUCUGGCGGCGUUCGAGAUAGAACGCAUCCGAAAUCCAACCAGAACCACAGCGGGGGCGGCGGAGUCGUGGAUUCCUUUCACGGCAACACCUAUCGUGGAGACGACCCCCCCAGUCAUCACAACACUCUGCAACACAGAUCCUCCAAAGACCCCCGGGAAGCAUACUCGUCUCCACAUUCUCCACAGUCGCCUCCUCAGCUAGCGGGAGGCACCGCAGAAAAAAGCCGCAACACCCUCGGGUUCCCUUUCAAGACGGACACGCUCACAAAGCAUCGUGGAGGAGGAGGAGGGGGUGGAGGCGGGACCGGUGAGCAAGAGAAGCAACCAGGAAGUGGUACAGCGAGUCGUAAGUUCGGUUUGAAGCUGUUCCGUCUCAGCUUUAAGAAAGACAAAGCCAAGCAGUUGGCCACCUUCUCUGCACAGUUCCCGCCCGAGGAGUGGCCUCUCCGCGACGAGGAGUCGCCCAGCCAGCUCCCACGUCACAUAGAGAUGGAGAUCAUCCGCAGAAUCAACCCCGAUCUCACAGUAGAGAACCUUGCUCGGCACACAGCGGUCAUGAAGCGUCUCGAAGAAGAGCGCGCUCAGAGGAGCAAAGCCUCGUCAGCCAAUCACAGUUCAAGAAGCAGAAGAAGCGGAGGCAGACAUCGGAAGCCAUCUCAGACCAAACUUAGCCGCUCACACAGCAAGACGAGGGUGUCUCGUGGUGAGCACAGCGAGAGUUCCCAUUUGGAACUGACCGACAAGGACUAUAGAGCCUACUCAUCGUCACUGGCUCGGUCGCCGAGGGAACACGCCCUGGCCAUGGAACGACAACGGACACGCCUUCAUCUGGCACACAGCAACCCCAACAUCCUUGACUCCUCCCAUUUACCUGUCACGCCGGAAUGGGAUGUGUCUGGAGAGUUGGCCAAACGACGGACAGAAAUGCCUUUCCCGGAGCCGAGCCACGGCCCAUCGGCGCACCACUCCAAAGUCCACCGCUCACACUCUCACACGCAGGAGAGGAAAUCCCGGAAUGAACGCAGCGAUAAAGCCAAGGAACGUUCCAGAUCUAUGGAAAAUUCAAAAGGGCCACUCGGAGCCGGCUUGAUUGGACCACCCAGUUACUACGAUGAUCGAAGUCGUUAUUAUACCGAUGACGGAACCUUACGAGCCAACAAGAGCUCCUGCCACUACCCUCACACUACUCCCCCCUUGGCGAAGAUGCCGGGGGAAUCACUCGGGUUGGAUGGGAGCAGGAGUUUGGAAAAAUGUAAGAGUCGGGACAGUCUGCCAGCAUAUUCUCCUAAACCACAGCACAACUCUGUCCCUGCUGAUGGCUACUUCCAGUGCUCCGGUUCUUCUGAGGCUGUACUCAUAGCCCCGAGUCCACUGGGAACUCUUGGCAGAAGUAGCCAGGAAGGGUUGAAACUGGGCAGCGGCGACUGGCAAACAGAAAGACAGACACCGCAUCCUCCGGAAAAUAAGGAGGACUUGUCAAAAGCGGGACCUAAAGGAGGCAGCCUGCCUCCAAUACCUCUCUCAAUGCCAGAUCCCCCCGUUUCCAACGGACGACCUCCCCACAGCGGUCAGGAAAAAUGUAAGGAGAUCUUUAGUAAAGACACGCUUUUCAAACCGCCUCCUGGCCUUCCUUUGCCGGGAUAUAGCUCCCUGAGGAAAACCCCUGUCCUCACCUCCUCCAAUCUGUCUUCAUCCUGCGAUGCACUUGAUUCCCAGGAGGCCUAUGACGCUCCCAAACCUCUGGUUGCGACACCUUCUGCUUCCAUACCGGGGAGUGAACCCACAACCAGUACCGCAGAGGUCUCCUUUGACUAUUACAAUGUUUCAGAUGAUGAUGAACUUGAGGAGGGAGGCACGAAAAGCAGGGGCGAGGAUGGUAAAACCGGAGGAGGUGUUGUCGGAAGGGGAGGCGGCGGAGCAGGUACGAUGCAGUGGCUAUUGGAGAGAGAGAAGGAAAGGGAUCUACAGAGAAGGUUUGAAAGAACCCUCACCUUCCCCGGUGCUAAAGAGAACCUUCCGGAACCCAGUCAGAAUCAGCAGUCUGCCCACUCUGCCAGACUGGACAGUAUGGACUCCAGCUCAGUUACUGUUGACAGCGGAUUCAACUCACCAAGAACGAGGGAGAGCCUAGCAUCAAACACCUCCUCCAUAGUGGAGAGUAAUCGUCGGCAGAAUUUGGCUCUCAGUCCCGGCCACCUCGGCAUUACAAACAGCAACGUUCCCCCUUUCUCAUUCCGCACUAUCCCUGAACCAGCUGGGAGCCAACCAGAGAAACUCCAAAAGCCCAACGCCUGCCUUGCAUCAAUCACCAGCGUCUAGGGGGGGGGGGGGGCAUAACGAAGGGCGAGUGGAAGUCACACCCCCAAGGACUGUUAUACCUGCAGACUGUCAACGUUGACUGAAUCAGUGGAGCUUGCCACAAGACCACUGUGGAACUACAGCUGUUAACACACACACACACACACACACACAAACAAACAUAGGGAUUAAGACCACCAUGAGACUGCUGAUAAACACACACAUUAACACUAAGCCACCGGGCUGAUUGACCAUGUCAUUUCAUAGCCUCUAGUUUACACACUGCUAUUGUGUUCUUUCACUUGCGUGGGUUCUACUCUGUGUGUGUGUGUGUGUGUGUGUGUGUGUGUGAAUGCAUCAGAGUGUGAUGGUUGUGUAAUAGUAAUCUGUAAUCUCAGGUCAUUUUUCAUUCAUUUCAUUAUCACUCUUCAUUGCAGCUGCUCCGUAUGCGUGCAUCUUUCUCCAGCGGUGUGCUUCCACACACCGAAUGAAAGGUCAGAAGCUCCGCUACUCUUACUGAUACUACACACAUGCUCUCUCACACACUUUCCGCUACACUUUCACUCAAUCGUGGCCGACUGACUAAAAAAAAUGUGAGCGGCACGGCCUAGAACCAGGGCCAUCGUCCAUAAAGAAACCCAAAAAUCCACUUGAUUAAUGUUGACUUAGGUCAGUGAUUUUCAACCACGGUGCCGCGGCACACUAGUGUACCUUGAAAAACCGUCAGGUGUGCCGUGAGGAAUUAUCCAAUAUCACUUUUUAUAAUUAACAUUUAUUAAUCAUUUGCAAAUAUUAUGUUAAUAGGCAUUAUGUCAAUAGUAUACAUGGACCCAAAUAUUCCAAUUGCAUUUAGUUUAAUUGCUCAAACGGAAAAAGAAUUGAACACGGAUGGAAUAUUCCUUUAACCAAUCCGAUUCAUCACCCGCUCAAAUGGAAAUUUGUCAGUGUGGUGUUUUUCUUCUUCUGUUGUUUAUUGGCGGUUGGCAAGCAGCUUUCGUGUGCAUUAGCGCCAUCUGUGGAACAGAAUCUAAACCAGGGGUGGGCAAACGUUUUGACUCGCGGGCCGCAUUGAUAUAACAAAAUUUCCGGGGGGCAGACUAUAUAUUUUACACGUAACAGUCCACCUCGUAUUAUUGUAUCUGUAAAAUUGUCAUGCAAUCUGCUAUUAUUAUUUAUUAUUUUAUAUUUAUAUUUAAAUAUUUUAAAAAUAAUAAAAUAUUAUAAUAAUUAAAAUAAAAUUAAAAUAAUAAUAAUUAUUAUUAUGUAAAAUAUGCAAAUAUAACAAUAUUAUUAUAUAUAAUUAAUAUAAUAAUUAGCAUUAAUAUAAUAAAUAUAAUAAUCAUCAUAGUUAUAAUAAUAAUAUAAUAAUUAUUAUUUUAAUUUUUAUUAUUAUUAUGUGCUUGUGUCUCUUUUUUCAGGAGCACUUUGUAAACAACAGACCAUGUCAAACAACGAAAUUGAUACAACCAUCAAAAGGUUGGCUCAGGCCAUGAUGCCAGGUUGUAUGUUGAGUUUAAAUGAAAUACUUUUGAAAGAUUGGGCGGGCCGUAUUCAAACACUUGGCGGGCCGGAUGUGGCCCCCGGGCCGUAGUUUGCCCACCCCUGAUCUAAACCCUUCUAUACUUUAUUCACAAGUGCAGUUUUAUUAAAAAAGAAAACAUAUAUCUAUAUAAAACAUGUCCUGAGUUUAAUGAUAAAAUAUCAGCAAGAUUGAAUUUGAUCUUUUCCUGUUUAAAUUGAUCCCGGGUGCGUUCUUUCAGCGCAUGCUCAGAUAUGACGUAACACGCAGAUCUAGAUGUUCUUCAGUUUUAAAAAUGGAGGCCAGCAAUCGGCAUUGGACUAAGCAAAGUUUGUUUUGGAUUCAAACUAAAUUUCAAGACUGGACAGACGAAAAACUGUCAAUACGGAGUUAUUCCAAAAAGUGAAAGAAAAACUUUGGGAAGCCGAUAUCACGUGAUGUUGGUGUUUACUUUUUACUGGGCAUGCCCUAUUGACUAUUCUGGUUGAUUUUCACGACGCAUGUAGACAAGAGAUUGGAAUAUUCCUUUCUAUGGAUACCAUUGUUUCCCGAAAGGUCAUUCGGAAAGAGAAAAAGUGGUGAUGUAAAAACGUGGCUACUGUGGAGUGUCUGUGGUGUAAAGACUGGCAGAGCAAUGUAAUAUUGGUCCGUGUGGCAACACCUACCUUGUUCCUCCCAUAGACUUAUUGAUGCACGUGUGAGGUCGUGGUGACAUUUUGGAACAUUUUUGCUUAGUGGUGUGCCACAAGAUUUUUCCAAAAAAGGUUGAAAAACACUGACUUAGGCAAUAUUCAUAUGGUUUUAUAAUGGCGUCCAGCCCUUACAGCGUCUCCUGAGAAGAAUUCCGUGUCAAAAAAAACAUCCCAAGUCAUCCUCAACGCUCCUUUUUUCAACUACCUCCACAACAGCAAAAACACGCCCAUCCAUGAUCACACUUGACGUGAGCUUCUGGCCUGUGAAUGUCUGCACAUACACAACACAUUCACACAGUACACAACACAACACACAUCCAAGUGCUGGACUCCCUUACCGUUUGUUCACCAUGGAUUCUAACAUUUCUGCUUCUAAGUGCAAAAAGCGCAUGGAAGAAUCCCUGACUCAUUUGGGAAUAUAUGCGUACACUGGAAAAUUCUAUAGAAAGCUCUUCUGGGAUACCACACAAUAAUGUAGUUUCUAUGAAAAACUAAUUUGUACCGGGGUACUCAAUGUUUGUGUUACGAAUAUUUUAAGAAGAUUCAGCUGUUCCCAAAUACGUAAGCUACUAAGGCGUCCACCAAACGGUACAGUUCUGCUCAGUAUCGUCGAGUAAGUGACAUUCAACAUCGUUUUUCUGUCAGCCAUGUUGAUUUUCUUUGAGGACUACAACACCGUGUCAGUGGUAUGCUAUCAAUAUCAAGCAGGGGUGUCCAAAGUGUGGCCCGGGGAGGUGGGGGGAGAAUUUGUGGCCUGAGGCUGUUUUGUUGUUUUGGCACGGAGCGCCUUCUAAAAAUAGAAUUGUUAAAAAAAAAUCAGCAAUAAUUUUGAGAAAGAAAAAAGUUAAAAUAUUAAGAAGGAAAAAGUUUAUCAGGCGGCACGGCGGUAUAUUGGUUAGCGCGCUGACCUCACAGCUAGGAGACCAGGGUUCAAUUCCACCAUCUGUGUGGAGUUUGCAUGUUCUCCCCGUGCAUGCGUGGGUUUUCUCCGGGUACUCCGGUUUCCUCCCACAUUCCAAAAAAAAACAUGCUAGGUUAAUUAGCGACUCCAAAUUGUCCAUAGGUAUGAAUGUGAGUGUGAAUGGUUGUUUGUCUAUAUGUGCCCUGUGAUUGGCUGGCGACCAGUCCAGGGUGUACCCCGCCUCUCGCCCGAAGACAGCUGGGAUAGGCUCCAGCGCUCCCGCGAAAAUGAACGAAUUAAGUUUUUCAGAAUAAAGUUCGCAUAAAGUUUAAAUAUUGACAGAAAAAAAAGAUAUAUUUUAAAAGUUGUGAUAUGAGAAACAAACACGAAUAAAGUUGUAAUUUUUGGAGCAUUAGUUUGGGGGAAGUUCUAGUAUCGGAAUAGAGUCAUAGUAAGAGAAUAUUCAGAAUUUUUUUAAAAAUUACAAAAAAAAAGUUAAAAUAUUUGUAAAAUUCAAAGAAAAAAAAACAACUAUAAUUUUAAGAAAAUAAAGUCACAUUCUAAUUCUAAUGUGCUUUUGUGACAGCUCAAAUAUCUUAACAACUAUACUACAACAUAACACAAAAAAGUUGUUUGUUUACAAAUAUAACACCAUAAACUAUUUACAGUUUUCACAUUUAGAACUAAACUGUGCGUACAUGCGUUAAAAUGCGUAAGUACUCCUCUAUGAGCUCUUAUCAAAUGCACUUCUGUUUAAAAAUAUGUAUAAAUACGUCUUUAAAGACAGAAUACGUUAUUUUUUCAACGCCGUAAUAUUGUGAGGGAAAAAAAAUAUUAUAUUAUGCAAAUAAAGUCAAAAUAUUAAGAGAUUAAACUAUAUGGAAAAUGAAGAAAUGGGGGAAAAAAACAGCAAAGACCAAAGUUGACACUACUAAUACGCUUUUUCACAUACACUCUAAAAAGUAAUUCUUGAUUUAAUACAUAAAUACAAUGUAAAAAAAAAAAUGUAAUUAAUUGAUUUAGAUAAACUUUCUAAGUUGCUUACUUAAUUUUUUAAGUUAUGUUCAAAUAAUUUUGGCUAUUACAUACACUCCAAUUUUAUUUAUUUUAUUUAGCAAAUUUUAUAUAUAUAUAUAUAUAUAUAUAUAUAUAUAUUAAGUUACUGCUACUUAAAAAGCUGUGUGCAUUAUUAUAAUUAAGUAGACAACAAAUUAAACUAAUUUGAAUAAAAUGAUCAAGUCAGUUGACUUUACAUAUUUUUUUGAGUUACGAACUUAAAAACUUUAUUAUUCUUUUUUAUUUAAAAAUAAUUAUUCAGUAAGCAUUACUUAAAAUAAACUUUGAGUGAAGAGGAAAAGCUAAUUAGUGCAAUGCAAUAUUGUUUGUUGGUUCAAAGCAAUUUCUAAUUAAGUUGUCAUAACUAAGAAAGACUAAUUGUUACAUUUUUGCGUUGUUUUUUUUUUUUGAGGCUAAACAUUUAUUUUUUUAGUGUAUACCAUAUAUCACAAAGCGGAGGUGCGGUUUCUUGCCUUGAAAUAUGACCCUUGCAUGCUUUCAUUUUUUCAGUGUGCUGGAAAAUGUUUGGACACCCCUGCUGUUAAACGGAACAGUACUGCUUGGUGGUAUAAGUACACCUCAAGGCCAUUUUGUCUCCAGUACUUUAAUGCUAUUAUACAGUACAGUAGUAUUUACAAAUCAAGUACGAAUAAGGUCAACCCACUGCAUGUGCGGGUUCUACCGUUAGCGAGCGGAUCAUAUGAACGAUUCUUAAUUCAACCGUGACUCUUUUUUUAUUUUAUUUCUAUGAGCUAUUCUUUUCGGUUCAUUUGACCUGUUUACUUGAUACCCAAUCUGAGCCCGUUCGUUAUCAUCCGCUGAAUGCUGCUGACUCAUGUUUGGCGUUAGCGUCUUUUUCAGGCCUGGUGUGUUGAUUAUGCCUUUGCAGCUCACAUGAAAGUGAAACAUGAAACAUGAAAAUUAUACAGUAAACCUCGGAUAUAUCGGAGUCGGAUAUAUCGGAAAUUCGCUCACAACGGACAGAUAAAAAAGAACCAAUUUUUCUGUAAUGCAUUUCCAAUAAAAAUUCAUUGCAUAUAUCGGAUUUUUUAUAACGGAUUUCGCCUAUUUCGGACAAAAUCUCCAGUCCCGUUCCAAUGCAUUUCCAUUAAAUUUCCCUCGCAUAUAUCGGAUGGCCGCAUCGUGGCGCUCCGAUUCGCCGAAUCGUGACAGGCCGCUAUACGACGUCAUUUGCAGCGUUUGCAGCGUUGCCUGCGCCCAGGUACAUUGGAAACAUAGUCAAGGAAGUGCCUUUUUAUAACGGAUAAAAUCCGAUUUACGCAUAUACCGGAUAUAAAUUCGAUAUAUGCGUAAAACGGACAUUUUCCGGUAUACGCAUAUAACGGAUUUCGCUUAUAUCGGACAAAACCAGUGGGAACAAUUGAAUCCGAUAUAUCCGAGGUUUACUGUAUAUAUAUAUACAUAUAUAUACAGUUCUGCUCAGAAGUUGACAUACACUCAUCAUGGGAAUGAAUUUCAGAUCCAUUUUGGGCCUUUUAUGAUUUAUGAUUUAUGUUUAUACGGUGUGCACAAUCCAACAUGGAUUACAGUAACCUCUCGCCACUUGACGCUCUAUCUCUAUCAUGGUUUUCACAAUCAUUGCUGUUUUUGUGGUUGAAUACAGCCUAUUAUUAGUCCAAAAAUAUGCAUAUAUAAGCAGAUUUUUACAAUUUCUUAACCCCUAAAUUCAUAAUACUAUAACUAUAAGGCAUUCCAAAGACAUUCGAAGAUAUGUGGUAUUCUACACUGGUUGCUAGGUGUCAGUGACUGCAGGAAGUAAAGAACAAAAUACUACCAUGGCGAGUCUAUAUUCUUAUAUCAUUUUCUCUUAUGUCUACUAUAUCGGUGGUGAUAUCCAUCUCCAGACAAUUUCAUGUCUAGACAGUUCUAAUAAUUCAUUCAUUCAUUUUAUACCGCUUUUCCUCACAAGGGUCGCGGGGGUGCUGGAGCCUAUCCCAGCUGUCUUUGGGCAAGAGGCGGGGUACACCCUGGACUGGUCGCCAGCCAAUCACAGGGCACAUAUAGACAAACAACCAUUCACACUCACAUUCAUACCUAUGGACAAUUUGGAGUCGCUAAUUAACCUAGCAUGUUUUUUUUUUGAAUGUGGGAGGAAACCGGGAGUACCCGGAGAAAACCCACACAUGCACAGAGAUGCCCUAGGUGUGAGGUCUGCGCGCUAACCACUAGACCACCGUGCCGCCCUGUAAAAAAAGAAGGUUUUAAGUAGGUUUUCUAUGCCAUAACUAUAAAAAUAUUCAAUAAUCCUACUUUUUCAUGCACAGUACAGCCUCAAAAUAUGUUUCAAUAUGAUUCCACCAGCUUGCCACGCCUGUUUUUCGGGCACUUUGGCCUAUUUCCAGCACCCAUGAGUGUAUGUAAACUUCUUUGGAAUGUAUCAGACAUGUCCAUUGUUCAGGCGAGCCCUAAUCACGAGACAUUGAGUCCUUCCUUUGUCAUUACUGUACAAUUGGGCUGGAGUCCCAAGUCUACCUCUCCAAACAGGAUGUGUAUCAGCUUACGUUGUCGCUUUGAACACAGUCGUGGUCAAAGGGUUCCUCCGACUGCCGUUUAUGGUGCUCACUCACCCUUUUGUUCUCAAUUAGUCUGUAAGAUACCACCACUGUUGGAUUAACCACUGAGUCCAUGACUCCAUAGGGGUCUACGCUUCAGAUACGGUGGAGGGGCCUCAUGUCUAAUAUUUGCACUGCCCUAAUGAUCCCCCCCCCCCACCCGCCCACCUCCAUCUACCUUGCUCCCCCUGCAAGUCAGCCACCCACAGUCAUGUGACCUUCCAUCACGUUUUUCUACACUGACAGUCCAAGAAAUGUCUUCCCUUAACAUCGGCAUUGGGUUGUGAAAAGUAUGACAUAGCUUGAAACGGUGACAAUAUGUCAUAUCUGUAAAUGAUGUUUAUCUGCCAUGCCUAGUCAAAUAAUUGCAACAAUAAAAAGAGGGAUUUUUGAAAAAAAAAAUGUCUAUAAUAUCUGAAAGUCCCUUUUGGUGUUAGUACUGGUGUUACCAUUGUUGUAGUGUAUGUGAUACCCUCAUGGGGAUUGUGUUACUUUUUAAGAUAAUAAAAUCAUGUUUGGUUA